ACACACGACCUUUUCCCCUCUGAAAUCUCAAUUUUUCAUCCUUUCAUCGCCGGAGAAAUGAUAGAGUUGAGAAAAACCUUUUCUGAUUUGCCAUGUUUACAAGUAAUUCAGCAAUAAUACCGCAAAACAUGAUCGAUAUUUCAUGAGAUCUUGUUUCUAAGUAUGACAGAGUGUACAAUUUGUGUGGAAAUUUUUUCACUUGUAUGCGUCAGAGAGUCCCAAACUCAUCCCAGAUAACCUUUGGAGUUCCUCCAGCAGCAGCAAAGCAGUAGCCAAUGUGUGGCAAAAGGGAGGAAAGGUUUUCCCCACUUUGCCAUCAUUCAGAGAUGAAAAAACAGGCAAAAUACCCCCUAAUCUCCCCUUCCAAUUGAGUCGCAAUAAAGUCUGAGUGUUGCUGCGGCAACAAGUGCCAACAAGCCCCCAGAAGUCACGACUAAUCACCCCAAAAGUGAUCUCUUGGCAUCCACAAGACGACUGGAUCUCCCCAGAGAGGUCACUUCCUACCGAAUCUCCCCACCGCGCUGCCCCCCCAGGCACACAGAGCGCCCCAUCGGCCCAGAGGUGAUAAUUGUUGCUGAAUUAAUUUGCCUGAUCUUUCACCCCAUCCGAAUCAUCGCAGCUUCAAGCCACACACAAGCCCUCUUCAUUGUGCCUUCUCCCGUUGGACGGACAACAAGUGUGAUCAACAAAGUGACUGGCAAUCAUGUCCACUCUGGCCGAGCUGAACAACAUCAAUCGCGAGCGGAGGCUGAGGGAGCUGACAAAGACUUUCCGGGGAAUCGAGAGACCGCUGAAGAAUGCCCGCGGCGUUGACUCCCUGGCGGAUCUCAUCACAGAACUGCAUCGCGUGUUCGAGAAGGACAGCGUGAAUAUUGAGUACGUGAACCACCUGUUGCUGAGCUACAACUCCAAUCCCGUGGACUGGAUCAAGUUCACCUCAUUCGACAGAUUCAGGUACACACGCAACCUGGUGGACUCGGGCAAUGGCAAGUUCAAUCUCAUGAUCCUGUGCUGGGGCGAAGGACACGGAUCGGCGAUUCACGAUCAUGCCGACUCGCACUGCUUCAUGAAGAUGCUGAUGGGUGAGCUGCAGGAGGUGCGAUAUGCCUGGCCCAAGCAGAAGCUGCUUGAUCUGGACGAGGAGGUGACCGCCGACAUUGGCAUCCUGGAUGAGAACGGCAGCGGCUACAGCAAGGGCGAGGAGCUGAAGGAGCUCUCGCGAAAGGCUCUGGAAUUCAACGGAGUCUGCUACAUCAAUGACACUCUCGGUCUGCAUCGAGUUGAGAAUCCGAACCGCUCAAAUGUCGCCGUGUCGCUGCAUUUGUACUGUCCGCCAUUCAACAGUUGUUCCGUCUUCAAUAAGAACACCGGAAAGCGCACCAACUGCAACGUGACUUUCUGGAGCAAGUACGACGAGAACAUGGGCAAUGGAGACUCGUGUUGUAAGAAGUAAUAGUGCAGAAUUGAUUCCCCAUUUUAGUUUCUAAGGAGCACAAUAUAUUUGGUUAAGAAUAAAGCUAUAAUAUGUUAAGAAACUACUUUUAAUCUCUUGAACAAUGGAGAGAGCAUGUUGCCUCUCCUGCCGCAAUUACUGUGUUUAGUGGUAUUACAACUGUACUUAUGUUACAUGGGAAUAAAGUUUCGUCAAUCUA